AUUUAAAAGGAAUACAAGCUGAAUUUUUCUAAUGAAAUUAACUUAAUAAUGAAAUGAAGUCCAAUUUUAUCCAAACACUAGUUAAAAGUCUAAAUCUUGUUGACAAUACAGAGAGAAAAGCUUACCUGUUACAGUUAGUCCUUUUGAGAGAUUCAUGAAAAAGAAGAGAGAGAGAGAGAGAGAGAGCUCUAACCUUGUUAUUUGUUUAGGACAGUGAGGAGUACAAGCUCUUGUAUGAACGGGGAGCACAAGUAGUCAGUUAGAUAUAUAAAGGGGAGAAGUUUUAUUCGGUGCAGUCGAUCCCAUGGGAUUAAAUAAGUACCCGUCUUCAAAUACAGAAUGGUUUCGAAAUAUAGUAUUAGAUAAGGCGAAAAUAAAGAAGAAAACUUCAAGAUCAAAAGCUCGAACUAAACCUUCUUGCCUUGUAAAAAGAGAGAGAGAGAGAGAGAGAGGGUGGUGAAGCGGAAGAUGAAGCAGCAUCAUAAGUUGACGGUGGCGCUAUGCGGUGCAUGGGCGGCCACACUUCUCUAUGGCGAGAUGUUUGCCUUUUUGCUGCCUUCUCUUUGGUCUUGCUCUUGGCCUCAUCUUUCAUCUGUGAAUUCCAAGAUAAAUGGAGUCAAAGCGCCAAGUGAUUAUGUAAAAGUUGCUGUCCUAACAGACCCACAGCUUAUGGAUAGAACCUCUCUUCGUCUACCUCCAAAAUCGCUUGCUUUGGAGACUGCUCAAUUUUAUACUGAUUUAUACAUGUGCAGGGCGUUCUAUUUAUCUAUCCUGCCUUUCAAACCUGACGUGAUUCUGUUUUUGGGUGAUUACUUUGACGGGGGCCCAUAUUUAUCAGAUGAAGAAUGGCAGGAGUCCUUAAACCGCUUUAGGCAUGUAUUUGGUAUGAAUGCGGAAGGAAGAUAUAUGGAUAUGCAGGUUUACUUCAUUCCUGGAAACCAUGACAUUGGCUAUGAAAGCAUCAUUUCUCAUAAACCGGAGGUUGUUAGACGCUAUGUGGAAGGAUUUGGGACUAGAAACUUCCGGUUUACAGUUGGAAAACUGGAGUUUAUAGCUGUUGAUGCUCAAAUACUUGAUGGUCACCCACAAGAAAAUUUAGCUUCCAUGACUUGGGAGUUUGUGAAAAAUGUCUCUGCAGAUCGUCAAUUAAUGCCAAGGGUUUUAUUAACUCAUAUUCCAUUGUAUCGGCGGGAUAAUACUUAUUGUGGCCCUCACCGUAGUUCUCCAGUCAUCAAUCAGCGGAUUUCACGUUCUGCAGUUGGUCAAGAAAUAAUGUAUCAGAAUUAUGUUACUGAGGAAUCCUCAAACAAAUUGUUGGAGUUGGUCAAGCCUGCACUCAUUUUAUCAGGACAUGAUCAUGACCAGUGUACAGUGAUACAUGAGUCAAAAUAUGGGCCUGUAGUGGAGCACACUGUAGGAACCGUAAGCUGGCAGCAGGGGAAUUUGUAUCCUUCUUUCAUGCUAUUAUCUGUUAGUAACUCUGCGAAUGCCAAUGUGUCCGCCCCAGAAGAUGCAUUACUUUCUCAAUUAUGCUUUCUUCCGAUGCAAACACACAUUUACAUAUGGUAUCUGUCCCUCUUCAUUCUGACUAUUCUUAGUCUCCUGUUCUGGCCAACUAGCGGCAUAAGUUUUGGGCAUUAUUUGAGUGGUUUAGCAGCAUGCAUCAGACUUUAUGGUGGCAUGUUUAGGGGAGGGACAAAAGAAAAAAGUGAAGAUGAGAAUUGUGAAUAUGAGAUGAUGUGGGAUGCAGAAGGAACAAUGCAUCUUGUGAAGAAACCACUAGAUACUCCUGUAUCACGCCAAACUGAAAAAGCAUCGGUUGAAAGGGGUAAUGCUGUGAUGCGGCCAACAGCAAGAAAAAACAUUUCUCAAGAGAUGAAAAUUUCUAUGAACGUUGAUAUAAAUGCAGAUGUUGGACAUGAUCCGAACAAAUUACUGCAUAGAGCGAGCAAAUCAAAGACAAAGAUCAUUAUCCAAAGACUAGUGAGGACCUUUGGAAUGCUUAUAGUCAUUGCAGCUGUAAAUUUACCUAUAUACAUGAUGUUACUCUUCAAAGACUGGAUUGACAAGUGACAUAUCUAAAAAGAUUAUGUGCUUCAUGUAGCUUCUUACUCUGUUCUUGGUACCUAAAAGAAUGCCAUUGCCUAACUAGCUUCCAUUGAAGCAAGGAUAAUUUUGAUUCUUCCAUUAAUUUCCCAGGAGGGAAUUAAUUCCCAUGUUCUAUAAUUUGUGUUUUUCAUGCCCAAUUUUUACAUUUGGGAAUUGAGGAUAAUUUUGCCUUUUUAUCA